AUGAUCAGGGAAGCUAUCGACAUAGUAGUAUCGGGCCACUCCCUGAACCGGGGACAGGCGACCGACGUCAUGCAGGAAAUCAUGGAGGGCGAGGCCACGCCGGCCCAACUGGGAGCCUUCCUGACCGGUCUCCGGCUGAAGGGCGAAUCCACCGACGAAAUCGCCGGCAUGGCCGCAGUGAUGCGGGAAAAGGCCCUUCGGGUCAACGCAGAGGGCCCCCUUCUGGACGUGGUGGGCACCGGCGGCGACGGCAAGAAUACCUUCAACAUCUCCACCGCCUCCGCCUUUGUGGCAACCGCCUGCGGAGCCCGGGUUGCCAAGCACGGCAAUCGGGCCGCCUCCAGUUCCUGCGGCGCGGCUGACGUUCUGGAGGCGUUGGGGAGUAAAGAUUGA